GACCGAGCGCUCGCUGCCCGCCCCGUCCUGUCCCACCGCGCCCGGGGAGGCGGGCCGAGGGCCGAGGGUCGAGGGUCGCGGCUCGGAGCCGGGGGCGGAGGCGAUGGCGGCGGAGGCCGCCGACCCGCGCAGAGCCGGAGACCUGCCGCAGCUGGCGGAAAAUCUGCUGUGUCGGCUGCAGGAGAAUUUUCAGGCUCUGACGGAAAAGUUAACGCUGAGAAUGGAAGAAAUGGGUGAGCGCAUCAAUGACCUUGAGAAGCGUGUUGCUGACCUGAUGACAGAGGCUGGGAUAGAAGAGAACACUGAUGAAGACUUGAGAUUAAGUCUGCUACAUUCUGAAACAAACAAAACCAGAACUCUAGUGAGAGACCUCCUUUUGUACACCAUCACCACCACCUGAAGAUAAAAGCAUUUUCAGCAGUAAAAAAGAGACAGGUACUAACUAUGUCUGACACUCUGACCUCCUUUAUCUGUUUUUCAAUUCAAAACUCUUUGUCUUUCCAGGCCAUUGUAGCUGCUGUUCAUGGGGACAGGAUAGAGUAGGAAAUUAAGUCAGAGUGGGAAACUAAGUCAAAGAGCAAUACAGAUUCAAAAUUUUAUUACUUCCUUUCAAGAGUUGGGGUUCAAUUUUGCUGGUUGGGGUUUUUUUCCUCCCUAGUUACAGUAGCUUCAUAGAUCAGUCUACAUUACUCAUCGUCAUGGCUAGGCUUCGCGAAUAAAGAUUUAAGAAGGACUCUACCCACGCUUGCUGCAAAUGCGCUGGUGGCUAAAAAGGCCAAUGCGAGAUAGACAAGUCCAGUUGCAAAAGGCACAGCAAAAAGCCUCCUUAGGUGGUAUCGGCAAGACGCGGUUCUUUCUGCGUUGUCUUUUCUCCUUGAGAGUGAUCCUGCGUGUGUUCUCAAAAGAAGCAGCAGCGUUACAUAUAAUGUCUCCAUGUCUCCCAAUUUGAGGCCAGAGUAGACCAGUUAUGGUGAUCAAUAUGGCCAAGGUUGAGAUGUUGUUUCAGGGAGUCCUUGUAUCUUCUCUUUGGGGCUCCUCUCUUGCGGCAGCCAGUGGCAAGUUCACCAUAGAGCAAGAUCUUAGGGAGGCAGUGGUCCUUCAUCCUGGAGACAUGUCCUGCCCAUCGCAGCUGUGUUCUCAGCAACAUGGCCUCAAUACUCAUAACCACUGCCUGUUCAAGAACAGAUGCGUUAGUCACAUAAUCUGACCAGUGGAUGUUUAGGAUUGUACGGAGGCAGCGUUGAUGGAAGCGUUCUAGGAGACAUGGGUGGUGGCAGUAAAUGACCCAUGAUUCAGACUCAUAUAAAAGAGUAGACAGCACUAUGGCUCUAUAAACGCUAAUCUUUGUACUUUUCUUCAGGUGUUUAUUACACCAAAGUCUUUUAUGGAGUUUACUGAAAGCUCUAUAAGCCUUUGCUAACCUGUUGUCUAUCUCUUUGUCAAUCUUACCAUCCGAGGAGAUGAUGCUUCCCAGAUAAUUAAACUGCUGGACUGACUUGAGCUCUGAUCUGCCAAUGAUGAUAUGGGGAUGAUGGAAAACUUCCUGAGGUGCAGGUUGGGAGAAAACUUCUGGCUUCUUCAAGCUGACUUGCAGUCCAAAAAGCUCAGCAGCGUCUGCAAAGCAGGGUGUUAAACACUGCAGAGCUGCUUCUGUGUGGGCGACGAGGGCGGCAUCAUCAGCAAAAAGCAGCUCCCGGACAAGAUGGUUUAAAGUUUUCAGUCGCCUUAGGUUGAAUGGGCUUCCAUCAGUACAAUAUUGAAUGUAGAUAACGUUUUCUUCAUCAAGGUCCGCCAUGGCCCUUUGGAGCAUCAUACUGAAGAAGAUUGUGAAUAGGGUUGAUGCAAGAACGCAACGUUGUUUCACACCAUUGGUUAUUAGAAAGGGCUCAGAAAGUGCAUCGCCAUAUCUGACUUGGCCGCGCUGAUCCUCAUGAAGCACAGUGAUCAUUUUGAGGAACUUGGGGACAUUACUCAACACACAUAUAAAAAACCCAAAAGUACAUUAUUGCCUAGCCACAGUUACAGGCUAUUUUAAUACUUCACAGAACUGUAUCUGCUUGGGGACUACUAUUAAAUAUUUAAACUGAAUGGCUCAAGACUAUACAGCAGAGGAAUCUAUAGCACCUUUAACAUCAGGUACAGAUUCUGUAUCCUAUCUUGUUGAAGACCACACACUUUGCUGGUAUACAGGAAACACUGAUGUAGGAAAAAUCAUAUGCCAGUAUUAUUUGUCCUCUGAAGUUCUCCCUCCUGACUUUCUUCAAUAAUUAUAUCAUUCUAAAAAAAAAUUUAUGCAUUCCUACAAGAUGAGACUGACAUGGAAAUGAUUAAUGACUGGGAUGAACGGCAAAAAUCAUGAAGUUUUCUGAAAUUUCUGUCAGAGGUAAGUAAUACUCUUCUUUUUUUUUUUUUUUGGUUAAGAUUUAAGCUGCCCUUGCGAAGCAAACCUUACAUCCCAAACUGCAUGCAGCAAAUAUCUCAGAAAAACUGAAACAAGAUUCCAUCUUUUCAUUUUCCUAACCAGUUUCCAGACAAUGUUUUUUUCUGUUUACAUAUUUUAUGGACAAGGAACUUACAGGAAAAAAAUACAGGAACUGAGACUAGCUUUUGCAACAUACCAUUCAAGUUGAAGGCAACUAGCAGACUAGCAUUACUGAACUCAACAGAGUAAGUACAAACUUAAAAGUCUGUAUUGAAUCUUUUUUUCUUGCUAAUUAUGCUGUAAGUUUAGGUGAUAAAUUGCUACGGGAAAAGAGAAAGACAUUAUACCGCCAAGAGCAACACUUACAGCUAAUAAUUUUGAAAACUACAGACAUCAGUAAAUGGAUUAGCCUUGCUCAACUUUAAUUACAAAAUCACCAGUAACUACAAUACCAAUACGCUUUUUUUAUAGCUCCCUCUUUCCCUGCCCCACUUUGUUUUCCUCUCUCACUUUCCAUGUAACCUUAGCAGAAAUGCAGAGGCACAGUUAAUGUCUGAGGAGAAGCCACAGCUUCUCACACUUCUGAUUAUGGUUAAAUAAAUGCUCAAUAUUUGAACAAUCCUCCCUAAACCCACACUGACCCAAUAAAACAGUUAUCUGAUUUACAGUA